AUGCUCAACUGUGAACUAGAAACAAGGGUGGAAGCGAGAGAAAUGAUAAGAGAAAAUCAUGGAGGCCUGUCGAUAAUACUCAGAUCGAAUAACAGCAUGAAUGAAAACGCGGUUAAGUUUAAUAGGGGGGGUCCCAGUUCGCCCAAGAAAAUCGCAGUUUCGUUUAACUGGGACCACACGUUCCGGGAAACUGGGAUCGCCUGGCGGUCCCAGUUAUACGGCAUGUAUAAGUCCAACAAUAAAAAAGAAGCUGAGAAACUGAUCAAGAACAUAAUCAAAGUUGUCAUCAAAUUGGGCGUCCUCCACAGAAACAACAUGCUCUCCGACGAGGAAAUGCAACUGGCCGAGAAAUUCAAAGGGAAAUUCCGCAUAGCCGGGAUGGCCAUCAUAUCCUUCUUCGAGGUGGAUUUCAGCUACGACGCCAACUACAUCGUACGCGCCCUUAGGGAAAGCCAGAAGUGCCUUGAGAGCAUCGUCUCGAAACAUCUCACCGACAAGUCCGUGUCGAGAAUCGACAGCGUGUUCUCCUUUUUCGCGGACGAGCACUUCCUGGACGCGGUGUUCAAGAGAGAAUCAGAGUACAGGGAGGCUCUGGGUAGGGUGGUGGCCGAUCUGAAUAAGGCCAUCGACAACGGGGACCUUUAGUUCUUCUUGCGUCUCUUUCGGCCUGAUCGAAAAGGUCAGUCAUGAUGAUUCCAAAAGUUUUCAGUAAGAAAGAUCGGGAAGAGUGGAAAAUUGUAUACAGUGUGACUCACUUCUAUUGGAAACACCUCUGUAUCUCACGUAUUCGUUGGGUAAAGAUCCUG